AUGAUCACACCAAGAGAUGCGAUCAUUGUUCCUUCUACAAGAAGGAAUGUAAUGCUUACGGCGAAAGUCCAUGCUCGGAGUGCAAAAAGCGCGGCAACGCGUGCACAAAUCAACGUACAGCCAAUAAAAGCCCAUGUUCGGAAUGCACGAAGCGGAACAUCCUGUGGAAGAUUCAAUGUACAGCUAGAAUACAUGGCCGAAGGUGUAGACAGCGGCGUCGAGAAUCCUGGCGUGAUGAAGCCCAUGUCACCACAGGUCGUGGAGGCCCAGAGUACCCGGCAGGGGUUAUGUUUCGCGUGUUGGCACUGUAGCGGAGAUGCCUAUUACCGAGGAACGGCUACCGCAAAUCCAAGGCUUUAUCGAACAUAUAGUACUGCGCUGGUCAAUUUUUGUUCAUAUUUUUGUGAAAGACGUGUACCGCAAGGGACCCAAGGUUGGGCGAUGGCCCGAAAUUGUUGGUUCCUCCUUGCUGUUUGA